AUGACGGCCAUUUCAAUGCCAAACUUGGCUCAGAGCUUUUACAAUGGCCUUCUGAAGCGACUCGCUGCCAACCAAAAGACUCCUCUCCGGCCCAACACAUACAUUGAAACUUACCUCUUCGGUCUCAUUGAUGAGGAUGCCAAGAGCAUUGCUCCAGGUGCAUUCGAGGGACAUUGGGGGAUCUUCGCCUUUGAUGGCCAACCAAAGUACCCUCUCAACCUCUCCGGCAGCCCUACACUCACUACGACGAAGGACGUCACAUAUUUACCACAGCAGUGGUGUGUGUACAAUCCAAACACGAACUUUGCGUGCACCUACGCAGACUGCACGGCACUCAGCUAUGGGUCUAGUUGCAAUGGCCUUGAUGAGAAGGGCAAUGCUUCGUAUGCCUUCAAUUCUUUCUUCCAGACACAAGGGCAGACGGAUGGGAGCUGCGACUUCCAGGGGCUGGCAAUGGUGACCACACAAAACUAUUCCCACCACUUUCCUGUCCAGAUUGUCGGUUUUCAUUAUUCUAGUGCUUCAUUCGCAUCCUUGUCGUUGUUGAAAAUGUAUCAAUGA